GAGAGAAGGGGUCGCGUUAAGGCACACAAGCUUUAAAUGCAAGUUGGUUGAUGUUAGUUUCUUUCAAUCUUCUUCUCCUUACGGACUAAGCAUUGUGCAAUUGCGGGUCUCUUCUUCUUCUUCUUCUUCUUUGUCCUUCUUCUUAUUUUUAUUGUUAUUAUAUAACUCUCCCUUAAACCCAAUUCUUGUGACAUCAAAAACGCAUCCCCUCUUUGGCUUUUUUCCUUUUUGGGUUUCCAAUUGGCGUUGUUUCUUCAAAUUCGUUCGAUUUCUGACAUACCCAGAUGGAGUUUAUGGCAAAUCCAUGCCCUUUGCGUUCAUCUUUGUUCGGUUCCUUUGGGAAUCUUGUUGAGAGGGUUACACAGAUUGGUACCCUCGCUGUUUCUGCUGUCAUUGGGAACAUCUUCUCCGCGAUCUUGACUUUCUGCUUCGCAUUAGUGGGCACUUUGUUGGGGGCUAUGACUGGAGCUUUGAUAGGCCAAGAGACUGAGAGUGGCUUUAUUCGAGGGGCUGCUGUUGGUGCCAUAUCAGGAGCUGUUUUUUCCAUUGAAGUUUUUGAAUCCUCUCUUGUUCUUUGGCAAUCUGACGAAUCUGGAAUUGGGUGUCUGUUAUACUUGAUUGAUGUUAUUGCUAGCUUACUGAGUGGGAGACUUGUGCGUGAGAGGAUAGGUCCUGCCAUGUUGAGUGCUGUCCAAAGUCAGAUGGGUGCUGUUGAAACCAGCUUUGAUGAGGUUCAAAACAUUUUUGACACUGGUGGUUGCAAAGGUUUAUCAGGAGAUUCGGUUGAAAAAAUCCCAAAAAUCAAAAUUACUACCGCCAACAAUGUUGAUGCAUCCGGUGAAAGAGUUUCUUGUUCAGUUUGCCUCCAGGACUUUCAGCUUGGAGAGACAGUUAGAAGCUUACCUCAUUGUCAUCACAUGUUUCACCUACCUUGCAUAGAUAAGUGGCUCUUUAGGCAUGGUUCUUGCCCAUUAUGCAGAAGAGAUCUUUAAUUUUGUAUAUGAAUAGCAUAGACGGUAAAAAAAGUUAUUUUUUAUUUUUUGUUUAUAAGCUUAUUUAAUUCUAGGACUUACACUCGGUUGCAUUUAGUCAGAGCCAUUGCAGUUAU